UUUAAGGGUUAGGAAAAACCAAAUGCCCAUUACAAAGCCCUGCUCCCCUACCCCCAACCUGGGAAUAUCACAUUUUCGGGUGUGUCGUUUUCUGUUUGGGGUGGUUUUACAAGAUGUACCAACAGGGCGCCCAGGCUGUCUGGAGUUACGUAACCCAUUGUGUGUCCAGGGCAGCUCACAAUCCUAGGAUUUGCCCCAACAAGCAAACUCAGAAAAGUGCUGAGGAAGGUGUGCGACGGCAGCUGUGCUGAGGUGCUGCUCGGCUGGGCUCUUGGGGAGCAGAAUUUCUUCUCUCUCUGGAUUGCCUUUGGAGUUCAUUUCUGCCCAUGGCAUUGCUGUUUCAAGUCAGGCAGCCCACAGGGGCCCAGCCUCUGCCAGGGCCCUGCCCAGGCAGGCACAUUCGGACAAACUCGCGUGACGUGUGCAAUAGCACCGAUCUUCCGGAAGUCGAGAUCAUUAGCCUGCUGGAGGAGCAGCUGCCCCAUUAUAAGUUAAGAGCUGAUACCAUCUACGGUUAUGACCACGACGACUGGCUCCACACACCCCUCCUUUCUCCAGAUGCCAACAUUGACCUCACAACCGAGCAAAUUGAAGAGACCCUGAAGUACUUCCACGUGUGCAAUAGCACCGAUCUUCCGGAAGUCGAGAUCAUUAGCCUGCUGGAGGAGCAGCUGCCCCAUUAUAAGUUAAGAGCUGAUACCAUCUACGGUUAUGACCACGACGACUGGCUCCACACACCCCUCCUUUCUCCAGAUGCCAACAUUGACCUCACAACCGAGCAAAUUGAAGAGACCCUGAAGUACUUCCGUAAGUAG